GGUCCGGUAGUAGUGACGUCAGAUCGGGUCUCGCUGAUGGCCCAUCCCCCUCCUCGUCUUGUGCAGCUGCUCCAGCUGUGUGUGUGUGCGCGCGCGCGUGAGACAGAGUGCGAGUGCCGCCGGUGUGCGUGCCUACGUGCCGCUUCCUUUCCGCUCGCGCUCAAUGUUGCAACCACCAUGACAGGCAUCGCCGCUGCCUCCUUUUUCUCUAACGCGUGCCGUUUCGGAGGCUGCGGGCUGCACUUUGACUCCCUGGCGGAGCUGAUCGUCCACAUCGAGGACAACCACAUCGAUGACUAUGGGCGAGACAAGUCACCAGAUACGGAUCCUCGCGUGCUUGAGAAACAGGAGUUGCAGCAGCCCACAUAUGUUGCGCUCAGCUACAUAAACAGGUUCAUGACAGAUGCGGCGAGGAGAGAGCACGAGACUCUGAAGAAAAAAGUUCAGCCAAAGCUGUCCCUCUCUCUGACAGGCAGCCUAUCACGUAACAGCGUGUCCACUCCGCCCCGACACACCAGCGGCAACCUCACUCCACCUGUAACACCACCUAUUACACCCUCAUCAUCAUUCAGGAGCAGCACUCCCACAGGUAGCGAGUACGACGAGGAGGAAGCAGACUACGAGGAGUCCGACAGCGAUGAGUCUUGGACCACCGAAAGUGCCAUUAGCUCCGAGUCCAUCCUCAGCUCCAUGUGCAUGAACGGAGGUGACGAGAAACCCUUCGCCUGCCCUGUGCCUGGCUGCAAAAAGAGAUACAAGAAUGUGAACGGUAUCAAGUAUCAUGCCAAGAACGGCCACCGCACUCAAAUCCGUGUGCGCAAGCCGUUUAAAUGCCGCUGUGGGAAAAGCUACAAGAGCUCGCAGGGCCUGCGCCACCACACCAUCAACUUCCACCCGCCCGUCUCGGCUGACAUCAUCCGCAAGCUGCAGCAGUAGAGCGGGCCUCUGUGCCAACCAGAUCCUUCACACAUACGUUUCACCAUUAGAAGCCGUUGCUGCAUUUGAUCCCUUUGCCACUCUUUAUUCCUCCUUGUCCUCCACGAGGAAGACUCUGUCCCUUCAUUCCACCUCUCCAUGAGGAAACUUGUACCCCUUCCAUAAGGAAGACUCUUUCUAUCUUGCCGUCAUUUCAUACCUCAUUUCGGAGGUUCUCUUUAUCCCCUUUUCCAUUCCAUCUCUUUGUGAAGAGUAAAACCCUUUUACCCUCUUAAUUCAAGGAGCUCCAAUGUUCCCUUUACACUACGCUUUGAAUUGCAUGCAUGUUUUUUUUUUUUGUAUCCUGUUAUCUGUUGUGUCUGUUUGAGAUGAUGUAUCAUAUUAGAGUUUGCAGUUUUGUACUUUUGCACAUUCAAUUAUUCUUUAUCUGUCUUGUAUUACUAUUGACAAGGUGCUUAUUGUAAAAUUAUUGGGAUAUGUUGAAACAAGAUAAGGCUUGGCAUCGCUGCAGAACGAGUUCCCAGCAGUUGCUGUCACCACUCAGGGCAGUGUGUGAUGCAUGUCAAAGCUACAUCAGAAUUCAACCAGCAUGACUUUCUUGGCUUCUGAUAAGAGAAAAAAGGGGGGAAAAAAGCAAGGGCAGAACAUUUCUGACUGUUUGUGCUACCCAAUAAGAAUAUAACCAACGUUUUUAGUUGUAGAUGAUAGUAAAUGCAUAUAGACUUUCAUAAUCAGAUGCUAAAUAUAUCCCUUUAUUCCCAAGAUUUUUUAUUUCUAGUUAAAAAAAAAAAUUAUACCAGGAUAAAGAUAUUAUGUUUGGGAGUUUACUUUUGGUAAGUUUAAUCCCAUAUUUGUCAUCUUCAGACAAAUCAUGUUUUACACCUAUCAACAAUCUCAGGUGACAGAUUGCCAGCAUUUCAGACACAUUAUCUUGCCCAUGUGGUCUAAUGGUAUUUUUUGUAUACAGCUGUUAUACAGGUCCCAGGCCAGCUGUGUCCGAUGUGUUCUAGUACCUCUGGAGCAUUCUAGAACUCUCCAGCUGAAUCCAUUGCCUGCUAAAGGACCUAAAGCACUUUGUAGCACCUCGUUGCCAAUCUAGUUAGGAAGUUUCCAUUGCCAACAUGUCAGGGACUGCGGGUGAGAGUCCUACCUGCAAAUCACUGAGUCAAAUCUACACACCAACACGCUGCUUUGGGGUGAGAGAACGGUCUUUUUUUGUUUUUUUUUCCCAGUCUAGGGGAUUGAUUUUAUCUUUCAUCAGAGCCCCAAAGUGUGUUAAAGAUUGUGGUAACUGAUUGCCUUGAACUGUUGUAGACCAUCAGCAUUCCAUAGCUUUAGUGUAAGUUGUUGAUCCAGGUUAUGCUUUUGUCCUUCGACGCUGGGUGAGCUCUGGCGUCAUCUGAGCCGCCUUUCAGAUGGACAGAUGACGGUUAUUGUACUUCCCGAUAUUAAAACUACAGCAGAGCAGUUGCCCAUCGCCGUCUUUGGUGGCCUUCUGCACCAACAGUGUUGUUUUGUUAAUGUGGCAGUAAGAUAACUCAGGGAUGUCCUGUCCUAGAGUUAGAACUUCAUUUUUUUUUCUGCCUUUU